AUGCCACUGGAAACACUGGAAACAUUUUACACUCACGUUUCUCGGUUUAAUCCUUAUCUUCGCACCUAUGGUUUUACAAUUAUAGGAUUUAUUGUGGCAUUGGCAAAUCUAAUAGUCUUCGUUAUUCUGAUUCGAGAUCGUAAGAUAAGAUCUAGCUACUCUUUACUAAUUUUUGCUUAUAUUGUUAAUGGUUUAAGUGGAGUCACUUGUUUCUGUUCCGGAAUUUAUCGAUUCGCAAUUAAAAUUGAGAUACCAGGAACUAUGACUAGUAAAAGCUGCUUUUAUCAGUCUACAGCGUUUUUGGAACUGUUGGCUAAUGAUGCGACUUCAAAUGUUUUGCUGGCGAAUAACAUCGACCGUUUAGUUGUUGUUAUUAAUCCAACUUAUUACUUCAGAAAGCAUAAAAUUAUCGUCAAAAGCCUUGUUUGCUCAGUGAUUAUUGCAUCGCCUGCAGUCUACAGCGUUGCUGUGAUAAGGGAAUUUAUUUUGGCUGAUCGUUAUAUCAGCCGGUUUUGUCCGUAA